AUGGGAUCGCAUAAGCCUAGACUGAUAAUUUUGGUGCGGCAUGGAGAAAGCGAGUCAAACAAGGAUAAAACCAUUAAUCAGCAUGUACCGAACCACCAGAUUCCGCUAACGGAAAACGGGUGGAGACAGGCCAGAAGAUCGGGAGCACAACUUCUGCAGGUUUUGAAUGUAGACGACAAAGAAGAAUGCAAGAAAUUAGCAGAAAAGUAUCAUUUCGAGGACGAAAAUGGCAAACAGCUCGAACAACACUACACUCAAAACAACAGGAAUCCAGACAGCAAUGUGGUGUUCUACACGUCUCCGUACAAACGUACGCGCGAAACGCUGCGUGGGAUGCUGGAUGUCUUAGACGAAUACAACGAGUGCAACUGCGGAGUCUCAGCCCGACAAAACGAUGGGUAUCAACCCGGUGGCAAUAUGAGGCUUGCACACUGGCAAUCGCCCGAAUUCCCACACGGCUACUACGAAAACAAGGAGUCAGUUGAGCUGAAAGAAAACCUUCAAAAAACCGCAGAACGCAAGACUUUCAUUCAUUACCGCGUCAAAGACGAUCCCCGCAUUCGUGAGCAAGAUUUUGGCAAUUUCCAGGAGCUCAAGGCCAUGCGGGACGUGAUGAGCACCCGCAGCAACUAUGGACACUUUUUUUUCCGUUUCCCACAGGGCGAAAGCGCAGCCGAUGUCUACGACCGCUGCGCCAGUUUCCAGGAAACGUUAUAUCGGCAUUUUAACCAACCGGGGCGAAAACCAAGAGACGUUGUAGUUCUUGUUACGCACGGUAUCUAUCUACGUGUUUUUCUCAUGAAAUGGUUUAGAUGGACUUACGAAGAAUUCGAAACUUUCACCAACGUUCCCAAUGGUUCGUUGGUUGUCAUGGAACUCGAUCCGGAGCUUGAUCGUUACGUUCUACGCACUACUUUGCCCAAAUGGUGCUGA